AUGUUUUAAAAAUGUAGCUGUUUAAUUGAAGCUGAAAGUAGUAUCCGCAGUGAUUUGAUAUACAUCUGUGAAGUAUGCGACAAGGCGUAUAAAAGUGCAAACUCCCUUUACUGUCAUAAACUCAGAUACUGUAGGAAAACCGAGAAACUUAUUUGCCCAACAGAAGGUUGUGCUUACAAGACGUUAUCCAAAAUCGCUCUACGAAAACAUUAUGUUUCUUAUCACAUUGACAACGAGCCUAGAAUGAAGCAAGGAGGAAUAUAUUCGACAGGGUAUUCGCAUAUUCGUGAUGUGGAACAUCAGAUAUUGGAUUCUAAGCGGAAAAGUUGGCUUCAAAUGUGGACAAUGCGGAAAAUGCUACAAAUAUAAAGGUGGUCUUUCAACUCAUCAAAAGUUCGAGUGUGGCAAGCCCCCACAGUUUCCUUGCAGCUACUGCAAUUAUGUUGCGAAACAAAAAGGAAACCUGAAGCUACAUAUAAGAAAUAGGCACAAAAUUAACCCUAUAUUAUAAUCCAAAUCUAAUAAAAAAGCCUAACGAAGUUAUGUAUUUAACGUAAUGAUUAUUUUGAAUUGCUGAUGAAAUUUCAAUAAAAUAUUAUAUGUACGUUUAUCCGACCAAAAGAA